UAAGUCAACUAUCUGAGGUCUGAGUCACUUGACUACGGAGAUCUAUUCAUGCCUCAGCUUUGAUUUUGAGCACAGAAAAAAUACUUUUACAAACAAUUAAAUGUUAUCGAGGCAUUAUUAUCAAGCGAGUAUAGGCAGAUGAACUAAACCAGUCAGACAGAAUUUACUUAGAAACACCUUGCUAAAGCCUCAUUCUCUUGUUUUCAGUUCGACACUGUGCCUGACACAACAGGCUUCUCAAACAGUGUAACACUCAAGGGCUUCACCAUGAAGAUUGAGGAAGUGCUGGAAGCUAAAUGUGAGCCCAUUGAUGAGGUCCCACCACAGGGCGAGCUGGGGAUCCUCAGUGUAAACUCUCUGAGACGCAGCGUCAGCCAGGUGAUGGACGGGAAGUCCCUCACAGGAGACGAGGAAACGUGGGACCCAGACAUUUCAGGCCAUGACAGUGGGAUGUUUAUGGACGAUGAGGAAUUCGUUGACACUGUCAAAGGUUUCAGCACAGUGAGGAAGGAGCACACCAUGUUCACUGACACCAACCUGUGACCUGAGGGUGACCUUUGAACCUGACAGGGCGCUGGCUUUGGAUGUUUAACAUUUUGACAAGCAAGGUCACUUACUCACUAAAAUCCUGACCAGUUGAAGUACCAGUGUCGCUGGUAACGACACUGUGAAAACAAAGGAAACGUGCCUACUGACAAGAUCACGGGAGAAACUGUGGCAACUGGGAGGAAAAAGGAAGUGAGGAUGUGACAGUCCUGUUGUUAAACUGGCAAGAUCUAUUACUUUUGAAAGGGAAGCAGGAAGCACCUGUUAGUGCUGAGAACUGAGGAUACAAACUCAGAGCACACACUGAGAAAAAGACAAAAGAAACCAAAGAUAACGUCUGAUGAUGCAACAGAAUGUAGUUGUCUAUUUUUCAUUCUAUAGAGAGAGUAUACCUUUAUUUGGUAAUUUUGUAAGAGGCAUAUUUAUAAUUUUUUUUUUUUUAUUUUACAGACAUAAAUUUCCAUCCAGCUCUGCAUGACUGGAAACUUUUGUCAUCUUGAAAUGUCUUUGGAUGUUUUUUGGUGAUGCAAUAAAUCUGUCUGUCUGGUGAAUCUGAGGAAACUUUAAUCUGUCUAGUGGAUGCAGCUUUUAGAAUUUUACAGGUUCUCCUCGGGCAGUCCAGUUGCCAUGACAAAAUGUGGGCAUUGUACAUUUCUGAAAAACCUCCAAUAUAUGUUACAUUUGCACAUACAUAUGUAUGGUAUCAGGGUUUCUGAAGUGAUGUAGUAUAUGAGCUGACUUUGUCAUCCGGAGAUGGAAGGGAUGGUGUAUGGUGAGUCUCCUAGGUGAGACUUGCACAUGCAGCUCUUUCGCCCCUCUUCAGUGGCUCCCUGUGGCUUUGACAAUAAUGUACAUAGAAAUUAAUAACAGCUAUCUUCUAAAAUCUUACACAACUAUAUGUGCAUCAUAUGGCCAAUCGCCUUUUCCUUUAAAUAUUGCCGAACCUCAACAGCGAUGGCUUGUCUUGGAUCUCCCUCGCUUAGCUAGCUAUGGAUUCCAGAUCCAAAAAUGGCUUGGAGGACAACAGAGAAUUAAACAGUGCAUGGAUGUAUUUGUUUGCUUUUACCACCAACCCUGCAAAGUUAAAGUACCAAACAAUCAUAAAUACCCCACUAUUUGUGGUAAAACAUAUAUUUUAAUUGCUCAUUUAGACUCACUGUUACCUUGAUUAUAAGGCUAAAAUAUGUUUUGUGGCUCCAGGCAGAUUAUUUAAGAGCUUUUUUGACCCCAAAUUGUUUUUUUUAUAUUAAAAGGUUUCUGACCCCUGACCUAACCACAUGUUAACCACAGCAUUACUGAAACAUGAAAUUUCAACAUAUCCGCUAUGGAAUAGUGUGCAAAUGCAACAUAUCUGUAGUUUGCAGAAAAAAACAAUGCCAGCAUUUUUUGGGGGGCCUCUGGGUUGCUUUAAGUAUGUGAAAUUUUGUUGUAGGAGGUAAAAAACAAAAACCUUUAAAACUAAUGUUUUUGUUUUUUUUAUAGCUUAUUUAUAAUCAUUAUAAGUGUACCUGUUUCAGCAUCACCAAUGUCACUGUUUACUGAAAAACACACAUCUCCAAAGUAUCCCUUUAUUGCCUGGAAAAAAAAAAGUUUUCUACGAUAAACCAUGAGAAAACCCGUAAUGUUAUUUAAAAUUGUCGCAAAGCUAAAAACAGGCUGUCUCAGCUCAGGAAAAGCUUGUGUUUAGGAGAUACGUAGUUUUAACAGGAAAGCAUAUUUGUGGGUACAGACUGGAUCUAAUAAAAUUGUGAUAAAAUUGUGGGUUACACAAUUCACACACACAAGCACACACCCGUUCAGUCAAAGAGGCCUUUGAAGAAGUGAAGGCCGACCAAAAUGUCCUCACU